AUGGGCAAAGUCUUUAUAGUCACCGGAGGCGCUGUCGGCAUUGGUUUUGAGUUGGUCAAAAUGUUAUAUGAGAAGAAUGGCACCGUGUACAUCGCGACAAGAUCCCGCGAAAAGAUCAGCCGUGCCAUCAAUCAAAUCCAGCAGGUGCACCCGACAAGCCACGGGAAAAUGAUGCCACUUAAAUUCCUCGCAUCCGAAACACGACUGGACGUUCUCUUUCACAAUGCCAGCGUUACGGCAACCUCAGUUGGCAGCAAGUCCGCACAGGGUCAUGAGCUCCAGAUGGCCACCAACGACCUAGCCCAUAUUACUCAGCACGGCCCGAAGUCCCCAACGGAUAGAGUAAGGAUAGUCUGGGUUUCUUCUAUGGUCGGACUUGGAACUCCGCAAGGAGGUAUCGUCUGGGACGAGAAGGCCAAGCAACUGACUUUGCUCCCGGACACGCUUGACAAUUAUAUGCAGUCCAAAGUCGGGAUGGUGUUUCUUGCCCAUAACUUCGCGCAACGGCUGGGCAAGGAAGGAGUCUUGAGUAUGGGAGCUGUGAUGAAGGGUCCUAAGAAUGGUGCUUACACUGAGAUCUUUGCUGGGUACUCGCCCGAGGUGAAGACGGAGAAUAACGGGGCCUUUAUCAUCCCUUGGGGUAGGAUGGGCUCGCUUCCUGAUCAUGUAGCCGCGGGUGUGAAGUCGAAGACCAAGGGUGGCACUGGCGCAUCAGAGACAUUCUGGGACUGGUGUGAGGGUGCUGUAAAGGUUUUUUAA